AUGGCGGCUUAUGCAGCUCUGGUUUCCCUUAUGCAUAUCAUAGAUCGCCUUGAAAAUCAUCCUUCCCCUCCAAUUUCUAUCGAUAAAGAACAAGUUGAAUCUCUCACUGAAAAUGUUACCUCCUUGCAGGAUUUUCUUGAUGCUUAUAUUUUCCCAGUUGUGGAUGACCAUGAAGCGGAUCCAUUGGAGCGUCGCAUUGCUGAUGCAGUUUAUGCAGCUGAGGAUGUCAUCGAAUCCCAAAUUGUGCUUCAAAUUCAUAACCGAUCCACAAUUAUUGGAAGAUGUCCAGUUGACAACCGAUCCACAAUUCGUAGGAAGAUGUCCAGUUUUAUCAACUUGUUUCGAGCUCGGUGUAAAUGCUCAACUAUUGAGGAGGACUUCUACCACGAUCUGCAACAAGUGAUAAAAGAAAUGAAUGUGAUCAAGAAGGAAGCCAUGAAGAUUGCAGCCGCAGCUGAUCAAGUGCAGAGAAAGGUCUCCUCAUCUCAUGCUGGCUCCUCUUCCACUGUGAAGGAAAGCAUGGUGGUGGGUUCAGACGAGGUGUUACUUGAAGUUCUGGAUAAGCUCACCGGAGAUCAACUCAGUCGCCAAAUAAUCCCAAUUAUGGGGAUGGGCGGCAUUGGUAAGACCACUCUUGCCCGACAUGUAUUUCAGCAUGCACUUGUUAAAGGGCAUUUUGAUAUUUGUGCUUGGACUACAAUUUCUCAAACCUAUAAUGUUAGAGAAACACUUAGAGAAGUUUUUUCCCAAGUAAGUGGAAAUUCAGGUUGUGAUGAUCUGAGUGAGGGCGAAUUGGGAUUAAAACUAUACCAGUAUUUAUGGGGUAGGAGGUAUCUCAUAAUUAUGGAUGAUAUGUGGAGUAUAGAGGUGUGGGACAAAAUCAGGUCCUUCUUUCCUGAUGGCAAUUAUGGGAGUCGAAUAAUUGUAACAACUAGGCUGUCAAACUUGACUUCGCAGUUGGGUGAGUCUUACAGCGUUGGUAUGAAAUUUCUAGAUGAGGCUACUAGUUGGGAUUUGUUCACCAAGACUGUGUUUGGGGGAGAAAGUUUUCCUCAUGAGUUGGAGGAUAUUGGAAAGAAUAUUGUAGCAAAUUGUAAAGGUCUUCCUUUAUCAAUUGCUACAAUUGGAGGUCUUUUGGCAAAAUCUGAGCGCACUAGAGAAUAUUGGGUGCAUAUAGAGCAAAAUUUAAAUUCAAUUGUCAUUACGAAUAAUGAUGAAUUUUGCUUGAAAAUAUUGCGAAUGAGCUAUACCUAUCUGCCCAACUAUUUGAAGCCAUGUUUUUUGUAUCUGGGAGUUUUUGAGGAAGAUCGUAGAAUUCGUGUCUCAAUGCUGGAGAAGCUAUGGGUUUCUGAAGGAUUUUUAAAACCCAUGAGUGGAAAAUGUUUGGAAACAAUAGCAGAAGAGUACUUGAAGGAGUUGGUAGAUAGAAAUCUGAUAAUAGUUGAUGAGUUGGGAUUUAGGGGGAAUGUGAAGUUUUGUAAGAUUCAUGAUUUGUUGAGGGACGUGUGCUUGAAAGAAGUUAAAAAGGAGAGAUUUUAUCAUAUCAUAGAAAAGUCUCCUGUAGUCAUAUAUAACCAACGUCGUGGGGUUGUUUUUAAAAAAAAUGCUGGAAGUUGGGUAAUAAGUGAAGUCUCGAGAUCUUUGUCACAUGCUCGUUCUAUAAUAUGUGAUGACGAGGGGAAAAACUUUGAAAGGCCUCACAAUUUUAGAUUGUUGAGAACAUUCAAAGCAUAUGAUAGAGAUACUUUAAAUCGAUAUGGAGAUGAUGGUGAUCAUUUCCUAGGCGAUGUUUUUCAAUUGGUGAACGCACGGCACCUUGCUGUUAGACUUUAUUGGGAGUCCGAAUUCCCGUCUUCGAUCAAUUUGCUUUGGAAUCUAUAUACGUUAAUAGUUGCUUUUGCUUUGGUUCCAUUGGCAUUGCAUCCGCAUAAUCUUAUUGCACCGAUUGAGAUUUGGAAAUUGCAUCAACUUAGGCAUCUCGAGUGUAUGGGAACAGGAUUGAUUCUACCAGAUCCUCCGAGUGAGAUGGUUAUCAUGGAGAAUCUACAGACGCUCAAGGGAGUAAGGAAUUUUUAUUUGAAUGAGGAGGUGGUUCAAAGAAUUCCCAAUGUCAAGAAAUUGCAUCUAAUUUACACUUCCGAGGAUAUGGAGGCAGCAAACUGUUUGAGGUAUCUUGAGUGUCUGAGUAAAUUGGAAAACUUCUCCUGCAGCAUCCAUCCCGAAUAUGCUGAGUAUUUGCAGAGGAUUAGUUUCCCACACUCCCUCAAGAAGUUGAACUUAUCUCUCUCUCCCUCUUAUGAUCCUCUAGAUUUAGUAGAGAUAUUGGAAAAGAUAGGGUGGUUGCCCCUUCUUCACAAGUUAGUAUUACAUCGUGGUGUCUUCAACACAGGCAAGUGGGACACUAUUGAAGGCCAAUUCCGGAGCCUCAAGCUACUGAAAUUGGACUGGUGUAGUGGUCUAAAAAAUUGGACGACGGCAGAGAGCUCUCAUUUUCCAGUUCUCCAGGAGCUUCGUCUUCAAGGUUUGAUGGAAUUGGAGGAGAUCCCUUCCGAAGUUGGAGAAAUAGCAACGCUGAAAUCAAUUUAUUUGGAACGUUGCAGUGAAUCAGCGGUGGAGUCAGCUAAAAAGAUAGUAGAAGAACAAGAGGACUUAUAUGGAAGAGACCAACUUGAGCUUCAUGUUCAAGCUAUAGUUGCAAAAGCACACGAAAGACUGCAGAGCUUAGCAAGUCCCAACUUUGAAGUUACAGUGAGAGGUUUUUAG